AUGAUACAGUCCAUUAUUCCGCUCGUCUCAGGAACGCUGCAUCCCCCGGCCACCGAACCGGUGCGACAGCAGGAGCCGCCUGCUCAGGCUCAGGCGCAGCCCCUGGAGCUUCCCACUUCGCCUCGGGUCCCGUCGUCCCCGCUCACUGAUCGAGUCACGACGAACCGGAGGGGCCACACCCAACCCGAGGCCUUUCCUUCGGCCUCGAUGGACUCCCUGCGAGCCCAGUUGCUCCUCGUCGGUCAACGGCUUGACGAGGUACAGAAAGAGGUCCGCAGGUCGAGAGGAGAGCUCGGGGAGGACAUACAUCAGGGAUCCCCAUUCGUCCCCGAAAUACGGGAUCAGACGGUCCCACAGAAUUUUCGUCUCCCCUCUCUCGACACGUACGACGGCUCCACCGACCCAGCGGACCACAUAGCCGCCUUCCGCACCCAAAUGACACUGUAUGGAACUUCUGACGCUUUGAUGUGCAGGGCGUUCCCCACAACACUAAGGGGACCAGCCCGCACGUGGUACGGCAGCCUGAGGACCGGGACCAUCGCCUCAUUCGACCAGCUCGCUAGAGAUUUUGAGCUCCACUUCCUAGCCAGCGCGCGACCAAAACCGUUUGUUGCCUUGCUUCUCGAACUACACCAGAGGGAGGACGAGUCCCUCUCCCACUUUGUGAACUGUUUUGCAACGCAGAUUUGGGGAUUAUCUGACGCUCACCCCUCUCUAUUGAUGCAUGCGUUCAUGACAGGACUACGACCUUCCCGAUUCUUCUGGUCCCUCAUUGAGAGACCCCCCUCCGCGGUACCGGAGAUGCUUCAGCGGGCAAACCAGUUCAUCGCGGCUGAGGCUUGGAUGGCCGGAAAGCAAGAAAAGCACACGAGGGUUAGACCGGAGCAGGUUCGCGGGCAACAGCCUGCCACAACUAGGCGCAGGCUGGACCAAUCCGACCUACCCGCUCCGAGGCCUCCUCUGCCCCCCCUAGGCACAUCUCGAACGGAGAUAUUUCUCCAGAUAAAAGAGAGAGGGUUACUCAGGGCUCCCGUUCCAAUGAAAAACCCGCGAGAGCUCGCCGACCAGUCCAAGCAUUGCAGCUUUCACAGGCAAAAUGGGCACGACACCGAAGACUGCCGUGAACUGAAGCGGCAGAUCGAGGAGCUCGUUCGCGCGGGCCACCUCAGUCGGUACAUCCGACGUAACGGGGAGUCCUCGCCUCUCUCGGAGGGCCCCGUGGAGCGCCAUAUCGAUGUCAUCUCCGGAGGACCAGCGGUUGGGGGAACCAGUAUGUCGGGGAGAAAGGCAUACGCCCGUUCCGCCAGGAUCGACGCUCCCCAACGUGGUCCCGACCCCAAGCUCGCAUUCCCUCUCGAGGACGUCAAGCCACCGGAGCACGACGAUGCGCUCGUGAUAAUGGCUCGAAUCACUAACGCCCAGGUGCAGAGAAUCAUGAUCGACACCGGAAGCUCGGCCGAUGUGCUCUAUCUAGACGCCUUCCAGAAGUUGGGGUUAACAAAAGAAUCCCUAAAGCCUAUCUACUCGGCGCUCAUGGGGUUCACCGGCGACUCCGUCUCGCCAUUGGGGACUGUCACCUUGCCCCUCACCUUGGGAGCGUCGCCUCGAACAAAGACGGUGAUGCCCACCUUCUUGGUGGUGGAUCUUCCUGCUACCUACAACGCCAUCCUCGGCCGCCCCACCCUCAACAAAAUCAUAGCUGUAGUCUCCACCUAUCAUCAAAUGGUGAAGUUUCCUACCCCCGCCGGGACAGGUGAAGUUUGGGGAAGCCCCCGAGAGUCCAGACGAUGCUACUUGACGGUAGUCUCGCUGCACAAAAAGGCGAGGACUGACCAGCCUCUUGAAGACCCGAGAGAAGAGAAGCGGCCGACGCCACACCCGGAGCCGAUGGCGCCCAUUCGCGACGUCCGAAACCACUCCUGCGCGGCCUGUUCGCCCGAGUUCAGCUCCUCAGCAGUAGCCGCCUGUGUCCUAUUUGAUUUAAAAUUGGCAAAGCUGAUAGACAUUAAGAAUGUACCAAGUUCAUUAUAUCAAGCUCUUGCAGCUUGA